GCUCCAUUGUCAGAGGCCAUGUUGCCAAUGUUUCAAUGCGGACGUUUCUUAAUCCUCAAUCCAUAUUCAUGAGGCCCUCUUGAUCCAGUGCCUCCUCCCAACUCUUGUCGGUUUCCUGGUGUUUGAUAGUGAUUUUGAUAUUAGUUGGCAAGCUGCAGCUGCCACGCGACCUGGCUUGAGGCCGUGCCUGUGACUGUGUUACUGCGGCAUUGGCUGCUUGUUAUUAUUACAUAUCUUCCAAGUCGUUUAUGCUCAAUCAAUGAUCGCCAAAGCUAUUCGGUCAGACCAACCUACCUACAGCCCAUAUCUUCAUCUCUGCAUUUAGAAAAUCCGUCCAUCCGACCUCAUUCUCUUUGCCACAGAAAACCCCCCACCAAACUAGUGUUGAAUAACCUCACAAUGGCACGGAACGAGAAAGAGGCAGCAGGCCUCCUCAGCCCCGAAGAUGAGCACUUCGAAGAGCGCUUCCGCAAAUCAUACGACGCCCGCGAUUCUUCAGAGUUCGGAUCUGACCUCGACGCGACCGAGUUCCUGCAGUCAGACCCACUGACCGCACAGAAGGGAUCCUACGCUCCCGCAUUCCAGACACAGCCCCGCAGCCGGUGGUUGCGGCAGCCCUGCGGCUGCUGCGCUGGUCGGUCGAGGAAAUGCAUUUGGUCAUUCCUGGCUAUACUAGCCCUUGUGUUCCUAGCGCUCGGCUCGGGGGGUUUCUUUGCGUACAAGAAAUACAGCAGUCCACAGGAUGGGCUCAGCCCGCCGUGGUAUCCCGCUCCCAAAGGUGGUACGGCAAGAAAUUGGGCGGACAGCUACAGAAAGGCGAGCGAGAUGGUGAGUAAGAUGACGCUGCCAGAGAAGGUGAACGUGACAACGGGCACUGGCUGGUCGAUGGGCCCAGCUGUCGGUAACACGGGCCCCGCCGUGAAUGUUGGGUUCCCGUCUCUCGCCUUGCAAGAUGGGCCACUAGGAAUACGCUUCACGGAGAAUGCUACAGCUUUCCCGGCUGGCAUCACUGUGGGCGCGACCUGGAACAAGGAUCUAAUGUACAAAUGGGGCAAUGCGCAUGCCAUCGAGGCUCGAAAGAAGGGAAUCAACGCCAUUCUAGGGCCCUGCAUUGGUCCCUUGGGACGAAUGCCCGCUGGCGGAAGAAACUGGGAGGGAUUCGGCGCCGAUCCUUACUUGCAAGGUAUUGCUGCCGCCGAGUCCAUCAAGGGCAUUCAAGAUGAAGGUGUCAUGGCGACGAUCAAGCACUUGGUUGCGAACGAGCAGGAACAUUUCCGCCAAUCCUGGGAAUGGGGUCUGCCAAAUGCCAUCUCCAGCAAUAUCGAUGAUCGAACGAUGCACGAACUUUAUAUGUGGCCGUUUGGUGACUCGGUCAAGGCAGGCGUUGCCAGCGUAAUGUGCAGCUACAAUCAAAUCAACAACUCGUAUGCGUGCGGAAACGCGAAACUUCUCAACGGCAUUUUGAAGGAUGAGAUGGGCUUCCAGGGGUUCGUCAUGAGUGACUGGCUUGCGCAGCGUGGAGGUGUCUCCACCGCUUUGGCUGGACUGGACAUGACAAUGCCGGGAGACGGUUUGUUCUGGGCCGAUGGCAAGUCGCUCUGGGGCCCUGAGCUGACCAAAUCUGUAUUAAACGGAUCUGUACCGCUUGAGAGGCUGAAUGACAUGGUCACCCGUAUUGUUGCGGCUUGGUAUCAGUUUGGACAAGACGAUACUACAAGGUUUGACCCUGACGGACCCAAUUUCUCUUCAUGGACAGACGAUGAGUUUGGUGUGGAAGCACCCGGCAGUCCCUCCGAUCAGGAGAAAGUUGUUGUCAACGAAUUCGUCAAUGUCAUGGGCAAUCAUUCAGCACUCGCACGACAGAUCGCAGCAGAGGGCACCGUGCUGCUCAAGAAUGAGCAAAUUCUACCCAUUGACCGACACGGAAACACCGACAUGAAACUACGGAAGCGACACACCGGUCAUGUCCGCAUUGGUAUCUUUGGUGAGGACGCUGGCCCAAGUCCCAACGGUGCCAAUGGAUGCAAGGAUCGCGGCUGCAAUGAAGGCACCCUGGCUUCUGGAUGGGGCUCUGGUGCUGUGGAGUUCCCAUAUCUUGUCACACCAAUCGAUGUGCUUGGCAGCGGCUGGGACUCGGAAAAGGUCAAGCUGACCUCCUGGUUGACAAACAGCCCGCCUUUCAAGAAGGAGCCAGAGAUUCUUGCUGACCAAGAUAUUUGCAUUGUCUUCGCGAAUGCCGAUGCAGGCGAGGGAUUCAUGGGAUGGGACAACGUGAAGGGUGACCGCCCAGAUCUCAACCUCCAGAAAGGUGGCGAUGACCUGAUUGUAGCCGUCGCAGAAGGUUGUGGUGGCGGCGCAGGCGAAACAAUCGUUGUCAUCCACACGGUUGGUCCCGUUCUCGUGGAGCGCUGGAUUGACCUUCCUGGUGUCAAGGCGGUCCUUCUCGCGAACUUGCCCGGGCAGGAAAGCGGAAACGCAUUGGCAGAUGUGAUCUUUGGAGACGUUAACCCCAGUGGACAUUUGCCCUGGACAAUUGGUAAGAGUUUGGAUGACUAUGGUGAGGGAGCCAAAAUCAUGUACCUGCCCAACGGUGUUGUACCGCAGCAGGACUUCACCGAAGGCCUGUACGUGGACUACCGUCACUUCGACAAGUACAACAUUCAGCCACGAUUCGAAUUUGGCUUCGGACUCACGUACACCACCUUUGAAUUCACCAUCCCUGAUAUCAAUGAGCUCAAGCCAAAAAGCGCGUAUCCUGCUUCGCGACCAAAGGACUUCGCCUCUCCGCCCGAGUAUGAUACCAACAUCCCGGACGAGGAAGAAGCGUUGUUUCCAGCUGGUUUCCGGAAACUCGAAAAAUUCGUAUACCCUUACUUGGACACAGUCGAUGAGAUUGUAACAGACCCAUAUCCCUAUCCUGAAGGCUAUGACGUCCAACAACCUCUCUCACAAGCUGGCGGCGAAGAAGGUGGUAAUCCGGACCUGUGGGAGACUUACGCCACGGUUUCUACCAAUGUUACUAACACUGGUGCCAAUGACGGUCAAGUCGUAACGCAGUUAUAUCUUGUUUACCCACCUGAUGCGCAGAGCACCGAGGGUGUAGACUUCCCUGUCAAAGUGUUGAGAGGUUUCGAGAAGACGUUCUUGAAGCAGAAGGAGACAGCCACUGUGACGUUUAAUGUCACAAGAAGAGACUUGAGUUACUGGAAUAUUGAAGCUCAGAACUGGAAAAUGGUUACGGAAGGCAAGUAUGGCUUCAUCAUUGCAGAAAGUUCCAAAAGGUUACACAGAGUGGCUGAAUGGUAAGGAAGGAAGGCCUGUUGGGGGUUUGAGCUGCGGCGUUCUGGUGCUGAGAUUUCUUUGUUGUAAAUUUCUGGCAAUAGCAGGUUGAUAAUCAAACAUGAUAUCUCAAAAGU